AUGGCCGCUACUUGCUUUACACUUGAGGCAGUGAAAGAAUUCAUGAUAAAUAAUGGUGGCAGAGUAACUAACCAACAGCUUGUGACACAUUUCAAGGCAUUUCUAAAUGACCCUGUUUCAAAAGUAACCCACAGAGAAAAGUUUAAAGAUUAUGUAAAUGAGUUAGCUACAAUUAAAUUAGAGGAGGGAAGUAAAAUAUUGGUGUUAAAGAAGAAACAUCGACAAACUGAAAAUGCUCCAGUACCUGCUCCUAGAACAAGUAAAGUAGAUAGAGCUCAGUCUGAACCUCCUGGACAGCCAGCAAAGAAAAAUAAUGAAAGUGGACAGGGAUUGUCAAAAGUUCACAGUGAUGAACAGUUUGAUAGAAAUAAGGAAAGGAAUUUUGAUACCGGUGCCAAUAGUUUAGCAGAAUCAACUUCUUCUGUAGCAUCAUCAUUAUCAACAGGAACAGUUUCAGCUGAUGAUGAUGUUAAUGAUUCAGUUAUAUCUGUUAAAGAUAGAGCUAAACAUUUAAAUAAAAUAGAUUCAGAAAGUGAUAUUCUAUUGCCAAAUCAAUUUAAGAAGAAGUCUGGCAGAGAAAGAUCUGGUGGAGAAGAUGAUGAUGAUACUCAUUUUAUAUCUUAUGGUGCUGAAGAAAAAGAAUGGAUGUUGACAUGUUGUAAAGCUGAUUACCAUGAAAUGAAUAGAUUAUUAUCCAAAGAUUCAAGCCUAGCUAAAAUAAGAGAUUUUACAAAUACAGCAUUACAUUGNGCUUCAAAACAUGGUAAAGGUGAAGUGAUCAAAUUACUAGUAGGAAAACCUGGUGUUAAUAUUAAUCAACGAUCGGGUUAUACACCUUUACAUCUAGCAGCAAUGCAUGGUCAUGAAGAUAUUAUAGAAUUAUUAGUACAAAAUUACAAAGCUGAUUCCAAUAUUAGAGAUUACAGUGGGAAAAAAGCCAAACAAUAUUUAAAAAAUUCAGCAUCUUCCAGAACACAACAAAUGUUAUUAUCAAGAAGAUUAGCUGCAGCAGGAUCUGUAAAAGGUCAAUCAUUGGAUGAUAGUUUUAUAAGAACAACAUUAAGAAAGAGUAAUCGUGCUAAAGCUAUAUCAUCAUUAAUACAAGCUACUCAAUCUAAAGUACAUCGUAGUAAAUCAACAUUAUUAAGAUCUAGUUGGGGUAGUUCAUCAGAACAUGUUGAUGAUGAUCAACCAACACCACCUGGUAGUUCUCAUUCAUCACCAACUACAUCUCGUAAAGGAUCAGUAUGUAUAAUUUUAAUAUUUCGUAAUUUACUAAACCUCUAG